AUGAAAGUUACCGUUAAGAGUUGGACGGGCGUAGCGACUUGGCGUUGGGUAGCAAACGACGACAAUUGUGGCAUUUGUCGUAUGCCCUUCGACAGCUGUUGCCCAGACUGCAAGUUACCUGGAGACGAUUGCCCAUUGGUGUGGGGGGCCUGCUCACAUUGCUUCCACAUCCACUGUAUAGUCAAGUGGCUUCAUUCCCAACCACAACAGCAGUGCCCUAUGUGCAGACAAGAUUGGAAGUUCAAUAACAAAUAA